GUACAGUCGCAAGCCGCAAUCAAAGUUUGGGCACUGCAGAUACUCAUCGCUAGUUUGUCCAAAGCUGUGUUGGAACGCGUUAGCCAAGUAGCGCCUCGGCGUUAGCGUUAACGGAAAGUAACGACCGCUGAACUUGUGGCGUCCCUCUUCCUUGCGCUUCAACCAGAGGUUAUCCUGCAGCUGAAAUAUGGGUACCAGCAUGUUUUGGUAUGACAAUCUCAGCAAACACGAUGGAGGGCGAGCGAGAACGACGACCGCGUACCGCCAGCCUCCGAUGUACUGCCGGCCCCUUGGCCCUAGUUGAAGUCUUGCGCAAUAUUGCGUCAUGGUUUAUUUGUUUAGCUACAUUAUGAGCAACUUGCGCAGCUUCGCGAUUGUGUAGCCCUUAGUUCUCGGACCUUUCGCCAUUUGAUUCGGGAAGCGAGACCUUUUGUGAACAUUGUUAUCAACCAAGCUCAACAGCCAUUAGGCUUCAAUCAAGGCGUGGGCACCGUUGUGGUCGGAAGUGCUCGGAAACCGAGCAGACACGGUAACAUCAUGGAGCGUGGACAUGAUCUUCUCUUUGGCACGAUGGAUAGCGGCCUAGCACAUUCCGGGGGCGCGGAGGUCCUUCACGUCAACAAAGGACUGGGCAAUGGCAUCGGCAGGCUGGACUCCGCAGCCAGCUCGUUGUGCUCCCUCGCGAAUUCGUCGUCGCAGACUCUUUCUCGCACCUCCACGGGCGAGUUUUCCACAGGCGACUGCUUCAGCCUCAUCUGCACGGAGGAUGUCCUAGACGAGUCUCUCGGGCCUUCAGGAGGCGAGGCACUGGCGCCGAUGGCGCAAUUCUGCGGGCAGGACGUCGGCUACUGCUCACCAGCGCCCGAGUUCAGCCCCACCGGUACCAGCGAGGUCUUUAUUGUGAUCAGGCAAGACCUGCAGAAGCAGCGCGAGAUGGCGCGGCGCCCGGACUGCGGCCGCAAGCCGGCCUGCGCGCCACGCGCUACCGCCCUGUCGGCCUCAGCCGCCACAUCCCCACAGCUCCCCGCCACCCACUCGGAGGCCGCGGACCGCUGUGCCGUGAGCGGCUGCUGCUGCUGCUGCCCUAGCUCCGCCGCUGCCGCGGCGCCGCUGCGGCUGCCGUCGGCGCACCGCUCCCGCAUCGUGGGCUGGAUGCGGCACGUUGCGGAGGCGCUUGGUCUGCACCUCGCCACGCUGUUUGCGGCGGGCUCGCUUCUGGACCGCUUCGUCGCAGCCUCCGAGGACCUGCCGCCUGACAGCAUGCUGCAGCUGCUGGCGAUCGCCUGCAUGUCCGUGGCCGUCAAGUACGAGGAGGUUGGGCAGGUCGCUCCCUGCGUGUGGCUGCGCCUGGCUGUGGACUGCCAGGGCAAGGCCAUCUACCAGGCCCAGGACCUUCAGCGCAUGGAGUGGGUCCUGCUGCAGGCCCUGCACUGGCGCCUGCACGUGCCCAACACCUACUCCUUCCUCUCCCACUUCCUGCUGUGCCUGCCGCACGCGGCGCCGGCCCCCGCCGCCGGCCCGCCGCCCAAGACCGCCGCCGCUGCCCGUGACGCCGACGCCGACGCGUGCCACGCGACGCCGGCGCCUGCUGCGCCUGCUGCUCCGCAGCCCACCCGGGCACCGGGCGUGGCGCAGUGGCUGCCGGUUACGAGCCGCGCCGUGAUGCUGGCGGAGAUGUCACUGCUGAAUGACUGCUUCCUGGGCUACGACCAUUCCACCAUCGCCCUCGCCUGCGUCGCCCUCGCGGAGCGCAUGCUGGGCUGCGCCUCAGACGCCGCCGCCGCCGGCCUCGCGCCCGCCGCCGGCGCCGCCGCAGCCAUGGCCGCCGCAGCCACUGGCACCGGCUUCGGCACCGCCUUCGCCAGCUGCGGCUGCGGCCGCCCGGCCAGCGUGUGCGCUCUGAGCGCGGGCGUGGUGGGCGCUGGCGCCACCGCCGCCGCCGCGGCUGUGUCGGCGGCGGCGGGGGUGUGGGUGGGAGCACUGGCGCCGGGCCUGGAGGCGUGCGCGGUGACCCUGCGUCACUGCCAGGUGCAAGAGGCGCGGCGGCAGGCCGAGGAGGCGGCGGCCAAGGCUGCCGCGGCGCGGCAACAGCUGCACGCCGCAGCUUGGUGCGGCAUGGCGUAAAAGCAAAGGCGGCAACACCAGCCCGCCCUAUCGCCCGGUUUCCUUUGUAUAAAAUGUCGCCACCGUACAUGAUUGUGCCAUAAAGGCACGGGUGGGCAGUAAAUUGGCGGUUGAGGCAUUGCCGACCCUCGAGAGGUCGUGGGGCUUUUGGAUGCGUCUGGGCACAGGCGGGGCCGUAGGGCUUCAAGUAAUAAGCUUGGCAUGUUGAAUCAGAAUAGAAGCAAGACGCAUUCUGUGAUACGCGCAUUUGAGCAUGCCAGAGCACAACGUACAGCAAAAGCAGGAGCCUUUGGGGCAGCGAGGUGCACACCGGUUUUCCCCCUCAGAGCUGCUGAUGCAUGAUGAGCAAGUUGCAAGUCCUCCAGUGCCAAGGAUAUGGUCUUGAGUUCCGUGCGUGGCGUGCUGCCACUCUACAGCAACUCUAGCCUUGAGGCUUUGCGGGUGGGCUUCCAGUUGCUGCCGAGAUAGAGAGCCAGAUGGUUGUGAGAUAGAUGGAUGUGUCGUGAUGAGGUGGCAGGGCGUGGUUAGGAUGCCGCAAGCCCCCCCACGUUUCGUUGGGCUCGGGUCUACCCACACACAAACACACACAGUCGUGUGGGUGGUGGUUUCUGCCGUGUGCGCGUCCGUGUGCGUGCCCGCAACAGCCACGCUAUACACGCGUGCGUCUUUGCAGUUACUGCGUUGUUAGGAUAGCACAAGGAUGGAGGGCAAAUGCGGGCGAGUUUCAAAAAGGGAAACGGGUGUGUGAUUGUAAAGGUGUGUUCGCUCCGGCACACAGGGCUGCAAGGGGUUAAGCUGCGGCAUUUGGCGCCUCUGCAAGGUGCCGCAGAAUGUUUUCAUGCAUGAGUAUCCUCGAUGAUUGCAAAGCGCGUUGCAGGCAUGGUAUGCGCGUAGGCAGGAAAAUACGAGGUAGGCUUUAGUCAGAGAGGGAACAUGCGGCUUUUUGCUGGGUUCGGGGACAUGUAGAACGGGAAGCGCCAGGGAGAGUAAGUGAGAGACAGAGGCAGACUUUAUCGCUUGCAUGCAUAUAAUCAUGAAUGAUGGCUACACGGGCUUUGGGAGUCCGGGCCUAUUUCCAGGCCGUGUGUGGCGUGAGGAGGAUUUUUGGUCCCUUGCAAUGGGUUGCAUAGGUCACGAACUAUUGAUGGUGACGUCGGAUUGCGGAAGAAGAUUGGUGAAUGCCGCACUGCACAUCGACCUCCAUGGUGUGUGCGGCGUCGGAUGGCAUGACAUAUAAAGGCGCCGCGCGCAACGUCAUAACGUGGCCGCGUGCUCUUCCAGACUUUUCUCCAUAACCAUACAACAUAUGGGGUUUACGAGGUACUUGGAUUCGGGUUGGGGGGUGUCGAUGGCGGGUCUUGUGCGUGGAACAAUUAUAGGCAAGG